AUGUUUGCUCGUAAGUACUCCGUUUUUCAAGUAGGAGAUAUUGCAAUAUUGCGACAAGUUACGCGUCCAGAUAAGGUGUGGUUGUCGAAACCCUUGAAACCAGGGAACUUUCAGGGAGUCAAGAGUGGAAGCAUUUCCCAUGAUGACAUAAUUGGAACGCGUAGUCGAUGCAAAGUUUUUGAGACUUCAAAAGGUCAAUUUAAAUUCAUGUGCUAUAAGCCUAGUUUGGAAGAAUACGUCAACCUUACAAAACGGGAUGCUCAACCAAUCUAUCCUUUUAACGCAGCUACAAUUGUUCAACUCGCCGAUUUAAAUGUGGAUUACCCCGAAUUGGAAAGAAAACAAAAUGGAGAGUACUGUUUGAAGGACGAACCUCUCCAGUUCUUGGAGUGUGGAACGGGUCAUGGAUCGCUUACGUUGGCAAUUGCCAAAUCCAUCCAUUCUGGGAAACUGUUACAAGAAUUUGAACGGGCUAGGGUCUUCACGGCUACUAGGAGCGGGCAAAAAAACCUCAAAAAUUAUCAAAGAGGAAUGUAUGAGGAUGAUGUUCAAUUUUGCUUGGCAGAUUCUCCCAUCCAUUGGCUGCAGUCACCUUCAACAAAAGAAUGGAUCAAGAAUAGUUCGAAGAAUAAUGACCCUGUCUAUGACCAUUCCUCAAGUUUUCUUAGUGGCAUAUUUCUAGAUAUGCCUGAUCCAGAGGCCCAAUUUAAAGACUUGUCGAUCCAUCUAAAAGUCGACCAUGCCUUGAUUAUUUUUUGCCCCUCUGUCACUCAAAUAUUGAACGCAGUACAAACGGUUCACCAUGAUAGGUCAAUCAAACUAGCUUUCUCCAGAUGUAUUGAAUUUGAGCCUUGUACUUCAGGUGGGUCUCUAAGAGAAUGGGACGUUCGAGUUUCAGACAUUCGGAAUACCAACAAAGAAGGGGUUGUUUGUAGGCCCAGAGUAGGCACAAAGAUCUCAGGCGGAGGUUUCGUUGGAGUUUUCAAAAAGCUUCCUUUAACGGCAAGGUCAGAGCCAACUGAGACACCAUCAAAUCAACCUAUAAAUCUAUAA